AUGGAGCCGCAGAUUGCAUCGCUUUCGGAGCGCCAGUGGGGCGUAGCUGUGGGGCACCGAGUGUGCGCGGGCGGACGGGCGCGCUUCCUCAGCAGCUCGUUACCGAACUUAUCUGUAUUGCUGAAUUUAUCCGCAUCAUCGUCACCAUCGCACGCAAUGGACACACCAGCUUCUGUUCAGCGAGUUAUUACCGAAAUGGAAGAGAUGCAGAAGGAUCCGUUCCUUUACGAGGCAAUGACCUGUCCAGUUUGCUUCCAGGUAUCACUUCCGAAUUUUACAGCCAAGCGCCACUCAGCGACAAAUCAGAUUGAUUGA